AAGUGCGCAGGGGCCCGGUUGCAGGCAUAGUGGGCUGUGCUGGGUUCCGUCUGCUGAGGUUGGGCCUGGUGGUGGAGGGCCUGCAGGAGUCUGGAUCUGUAGGGGUUUUAAACAAAGGAACAAGAUGACUAGCAUUGUGUUCUAGAAAGGUCCCUCUGGCUGUUGUGUGAGACUUGGGCCCAACUGAGUCUUUGGAAGUGAAGUUCGGGGAGGAAGUGACCAACGUGAGAAGCAGAGGGGAGCACUGUUUCGGGGGACUUGGGCCAGGUGCUGACGUUCGGCACAGAGCCCGGCGCACUCAGGGACUUUGAUCAGAGGCUUGGUCUGCGCCUAGAAGUUGAGCCCGUGCGGGAGGCAGCAGGAUCUGGACUAUACUCGAGGUGCUUUCUACUGUCAUGACCACUGAGUGACCUUAGACCAGUUCCUUCGUCUCUCCAGUCUCUCCAGCUUCCUUUCCUUGUGGAGGGAACUCUGCUGUUCCUUAAGAUGGCCUGAUAUGAAGGAAUCACGCCUCCCGACUCCCCAAGCUGCCUCGUCCUUCAAGUGCAAGAGCUGGUUGAAAUGUCAGGAAUGGAAGCCAAUGUGACUAUCCCAAUCUGGCAAAACAAACCGCAUGGGGCUGCUCGCAGUGUAGUAAGAAGAAUCGGGACCAACCUGCCCCUGAAGCCAUGUCCCCGGGCAUCCUUUCAGACCUUGCCCAACGUCUCUGAUCUGUGUCUGAGGGACGCGCCCCCAGUCCCGACUCUGGCUGACAUCGCCUGGAUCGCUGCAGAUGAUGAGGAGACAUAUGCCCGGGUCAGGAGUGAUACACGCCCCCUGAGGCACACCUGGAAGCCCAGCCCUCUGAUUGUCAUGCAGCGCAAUGCCUCGGUGCCCAACCUGCGUGGGUCUGAGGAGAGGCUCCUGGCCUUGAAGAAGCCAGCCCUGCCAGCCCUAAGCCGCACCACAGAGCUGCAGGAUGAGCUGAGCCACCUGCGCAGCCAGAUCGCUAAAAUAGUGGCAGCUGAUGCAGCUUCAGCUUCGACUUCAUUAACGCCAGAUUUCUUAUCUCCAGGAAGUUCAAAUGUCUCUUCUCCCUUACCUUGUUUUGGAUCCUCAUUCCACUCUACAACUUCCUUUGUCAUUAGUGACAUCACCGAGGAGACCGAGGUAGAGGUCCCCGAGCUUCCAUCAGUCCCCCUGCUUUGUUCUGCCAGCCUUGAAUGUUGCAAACAAGAACACAAAGCUACCUGCAGCUCGUCUGAAGAGGAUGACUGCGUCUCUCUGUCCAAGGCCAGCAGCUUUGCAGAUAUGAUGGGAAUCCUGAAGGACUUUCACCGGAUGAAACAGAGCCAAGAUCUGAACCGGAGUUUAUUGAAGGAGGAGGACCCUGCUGUCCUUAUCUCUGAGGUUCUAAGGAGGAAGUUUGCUCUGAAGGAAGAAGAUAUCAAUAGAAAAGGAAACUGAUAACACUCAGCUCUGCAAACUCAGUUUUGUGCUCCUGGAAUCCUCAAUAGCUGCCUUCUUCACCGCAGAUGUUUCUGCCUCUCCAUUAGAAGUUUUCUGCAACAGUCUUGCCAAAAACUAGAACUUGGACUGAAAGAGCUGGAUUGUUUCCCAUACUUCAACCCUUAGCGGAAGCUAAGGCCUCUUUUGAGCUGAGACACCUGUUACAGGUAAAUGUGUAAGUUGGAAUGUUUCAAUCUAAAGGCUGAGCCAGCGUUGCUGGGUUUUCCUCACCCCUGUGUGAAAAUAGGUCCUGAAUGACUGACUUCACUGCAUUAGACCCCAUAACUGGUCUCACUGGACACUGCACCCAGCUGUCACUUUCAGGAGCUUCCUUGCAGCAAGCCAAGGGAGCUCUAAAUGUUUAUGUACAUGUUCACAGGGCAGAAAAAAUCUUAUGCUGCUCCAUCAUAUACUGGCACCAAUGCCCAGCAGUCACCCUCUCCCCUGUCCAACACCUAGAAGUGGAGGUCUGGCCUCUGAACCAGCUGGCGUUUGGGCUGCUUCUGGGAGGCCUGGGCUGUUUUUUUCUUAAAUAUAUUUUGUAAUACUGUACAACCAAAUCUACCCUCCAAGGCCCUGGGGCCUCAUUGGUUCCACUGACUGAGCUCUUGCUCUUCUGUGGACUUUAGUUUAAGCCCAG